AUGAAAACCCAGGGAAAGACGCCAUCACAUCACGCCCGUUCCAAAGGCCGACCACCUCUUCCGGCCCACUUUCCCUCUUCCCUCCAUCAUUCGUUCUCUUUCUCUCUCUCUGGAAGGAAGGCGAGGCGAGAGAAGUUUCGCUUUUAAGUUUGGUUUCCUCUUGAUUGAAUCGAGCACUGGAAAGGAGAACGUGAAUUGUGCCUUUAGAGAGAUUGGAGGAGGAUGGAGGAACUCUAGCCGGCGGUGGUGUUGGUCGUUGUGGUUCUUCGAGGAUGGCGGCGAAGGCGGGGAGGUCGGUGCCGCUGGGGGUGCUUUUGAUGAAGGAGCAAACGAGCGAGAAGAUCGAGGAUCCGGACAUUCUGUAUGGGCAAGCCAAUCAGAGCAAGAAGGGGGAGGAUUUCACACUCCUUAAGGCCGAGUGCCAGCGGGUUCCCGGGGACGGCGUCACCACUUUCUCCGUCUUCGCCUUAUUUGAUGGACAUAAUGGUUCUGCUGCUGCCAUAUACUCUAAAGAGAAUCUCUUGAACAAUAUCUUAAAUGCCAUUCCUUCAAAUCUGAAUCGAGAUGAGUGGCUAGCAGCAUUACCAAGAGCUUUGGUUGCAGGAUUCAUAAAAACAGAUAAAGACUUUCAAACUAAAGCUCGUUCUUCAGGAACUACUGUCACAUUUGUCAUAAUAGACGGGUGGGUAGUAACUGUAGCAUCAGUUGGUGAUUCACGAUGCAUACUUGAAUCUGCUGAAGGUUCUAUAUAUUGUUUGUCAGCAGAUCAUCGGCUGGAUGUUAAUGAAGAAGAGGUUGAGCGUAUAACAGCAAGUGGAGGUGAGGUUGGGAGAUUAAAUGUUGUUGGAGGUGCCGAGAUAGGCCCUCUUAGAGUCUGGCCAGGUGGCUUAUGCUUAUCAAGGUCAAUUGGGGAUAUGGAUGUUGGUGAAUUUAUUGUUCCAGUUCCUUAUGUCAAGCAAAUAAAGGUAUCGAGUACUGGAGGUCGGCUUAUCAUCUCAAGUGAUGGUGUCUGGGAUGCUUUGACUUUUGAAAUGGUUUGCAAUGGCUGUCGUGGCCUAUCAGCAGAUGCUGCUGCAAGCCAAAUUGUUAAGGAUGCUGUGCACGGCAAAGGACUACGAGAUGAUACUACCUGCAUUGUUGUCGAUAUGUUACCACCUGAAAAGUUAACCCCUACUGUACCACCACCAAAGAAGCAAGGAAUGGGGGUGUUCAAAAAUAUGUUCCGUAGAAAGUCUUCUGAGUCAUCUUUGCAUUCAGAUAGGGACUGCUUACCAGAGUCAGAUCUAGUGGAAGAAAUCUUUGAGGAAGGAUCUGCAUCACUGGCGCAAAGGCUAGAGGCUGACUAUCCCAUCCGCAACAUGUUCAAACUUUUUGUCUGUGCAGUUUGCCAAGUGGAGAUGAAACCUGGUGAAGGAAUUUCUGUCCAUGCUGAUGAUUCAUCAGAACCUGGUAAGUUGCGACCAUGGGAUGGUCCUUUCCUUUGCCAGAGUUGCCAAGAAAAAAAGGAAGCAAUGGAAGGGAAAAAAACUUCAACAGAUUCCAUAUCCAGAAAGAGCUCCGGAAGUGAGUAGUCAUUGUCCUUGUUAGUGUUAAUAUGUAACAUAGCUCAAGCUUUUGUGCAUGUUCUGGCAAUGGGAAGAUGCUGGGAUGCCUGUCUUUGGGAAAAGGUUUAAUGUGAAAGGAUCACAGCACCUUCGUGAGGGAUUUCGUAUGAAUGGAUGUUCACAUUCUCUCCCAAGGAGGUUGAAACUGGGCUUUAAAUUGUAGAGCUGCCUGUCUUCCAGUGAGCACUGUAUUGAUGGCCAUUUGAAGAUCAUGGGAAGCAAUACCGGGUUCAUCAUUGCUGUUACUCUGGUCAUAGAUGUUCCGAUUGAAUUCAAUUAUUUUCCUACCAUGUAUUUGAGUCAUCAUAAGAAGGUAAGAGUACCGUAUAUAUAGCAUCCGAUAUGUCAUCAUAGUGCCUUGGGGAAUUUUUCCGAAUUUCCAACCAUACACUAGGCAAGGGUCAAAGCCUCUUGCCAAUUAGUUCAUCUGAUAUAUGGAUUUCUUGAUUUUUCCCUUCA